ACAUGAUAGGCUAGCAAGGCAGUGGGAAGAAAGAAGGGGUGCGACCAUAUUGACCCCUAUUUUCUCCCUUCCCUUGUCUCUCUCUCUCUCUCUCUCGCUCGUCCCCUCUCUCCUCCAAGCCCCACGCAUCACACACACACACACACUCCUCUCUAAUCACAGGGCGCGCAAGGGGAUAGGUCGUGGCGGGCGAGAUCUGGCGAGAUCCCCUCCCAUUUCCGGCGACUGGGGCGGGAUGGAGAUGAAUGGCGGGUGAGGAGGGAGAGGGGCUUCAUCUUGGCGCUUGCUAGGUAACGACGGCGGCGGAGGAGGGCGAGGGCAGAGGGCGAGGGCGCGGCCGCCAUGGAUGGGAGGUGUGGUAGAAUACACAUGUGAUGCGCGGCGCCAAGAGCUUGUUCGUCUCAGCUCCUCCUAGUGACUGGAUAAGCGGCAGCACCACCACCAACGAGGAGGAGGCAAGAGCAGCGUAUGGCAUCAGCUAGCGUGGGACCUGUGGGUGCCAUCAGAGGAAGCACCAGCGCAAUUGUGGUCUCCAAGGUUGGUGGUAGCGGCGUUGAUCAGCUCCCCGAAGAGAUGCACGAAAUGAAGAUACGGGACGACAAGACGGACCAUUCCGACGAUAAGGAAUUGGAAGCCACUGUCGUCGAUGGCAAUGGCACAGAGACUGGCCACAUUAUAGCUACGACGAUAGGAGGCCGCAAUGGCCAGCCAAAGCAGACGAUUAGCUAUGUCGCGGAACGUGUUGUAGGAACCGGAUCGUUUGGCAUCGUCUUCCAGGCCAAGUGCCUCGAAACAGGAGAGACGGUGGCUAUCAAGAAGGUGUUACAGGACAAGAGAUACAAAAACCGGGAGCUGCAAAUAAUGCGCCUUCUUGACCAUCCCAACAUCGUUGCUCUCAAGCACUGCUUCUUCUCCACUACUGACAAGGACGAGCUCUAUCUCAACUUAGUCCUCGAGUAUGUUCCGGAAACCGUGUAUCGCAUCGCAAAGCAUCACAACAGAAUGAAUCAGAGAAUGCCACUCUUGUAUGUAAAGUUGUAUACAUACCAGAUAUGCCGAUCUCUCGCUUACAUCCACGGCGGGAUUGGAGUCUGCCACCGUGAUAUCAAGCCACAAAAUUUAUUGGUUAAUCCCCAUACACACCAGCUGAAGCUAUGUGAUUUUGGCAGCGCCAAAGUGCUGGUGAAAGGGGAACCGAACAUCUCUUACAUAUGUUCCAGAUACUACCGAGCGCCCGAGCUGAUUUUCGGUGCCACGGAAUACACAACAGCAAUUGAUAUCUGGUCGAUGGGAUGUGUGUUGGCUGAACUGCUACUUGGUCAGCCGCUAUUUCCAGGAGAAAGUGGCGUCGACCAGCUGGUGGAGAUUAUCAAGGUUCUUGGAACCCCUACUCGCGAGGAGAUCAAGUGUAUGAAUCCCAACUACACGGAAUUCAAGUUCCCUCAAAUCAAGGCCCACCCUUGGCACAAGGUGUUUCACAAGAGAAUGCCUCCGGAGGCUGUGGAUCUUGUCUCGAGACUACUCCAAUACUCGCCUAAUCUGCGCUGUAGUUCACUAGAAGCGCUUGCACACCCAUUCUUUGAUGAGUUGCGGGAUCCUAACACUCGACUUCCAAAUGGUCGUCCGCUACCACCUCUGUACAAUUUCAAGCAAUUGGAAUUGAAAGGGGCCUCGCCAGAGCUGUUAAAUCGCCUCGUUCCCGAACACGCGCGUAAGCAGGUGCCUUUCCUCGCUCUAUAACCUGUGCCCCAGACUGGAAGAGAGAGAGAGAGCUGGGUGGGAUCAUCUUCUUCUUAACAGGUGUCCAUCAAGCUGCCGCUGGUGGUCUUCCUUUUUAUCCUUAAUUCUCAAUGCUGGUGUUGGUAAGCUAGCUAGUAUGACACCAAAGUGGCUGGUUGCUUUUUUUUUCUCCUUUUUUGUACCUUGAGAGUUACCUAUCUAAUGUGCUUGCUGCUCUUGUAUCACUUGUGUGUGUUAGCAGUAAUCUCCGAAA